AUUGCAGAAACUAAUUUCUCUGAUAGACUAUCUUCAACACACUGUCUUCAAAGUUGUCUAAUGGCUGCAUGUGUACAGAAGAAGAUUAUCUUCAUGUGUAGUUCAGGCAUAGCACUGUGUCUACAAGCAGCAAGCAUGCACAUCGAAACGGGAUGCAGAUGCAGCAGAUGCAGGCACGGCGUCCCCAAAAAAGUAAUGGAGGUGCUGCGGCCAACCCUUAAAUCAUCGGCAAGGAGUACUUGCUGUUGGCAUCCCUGUGCGCCGCGCCGCGCACACAUGUCGAGGCCCAGCGGCGCCGCGCCGGCCGUGUCAGCAGCUCAGCAGCCGCCGUGGUGAAUCGGUGACGAUCCCUUGAAGCAAGCGGCGGGCACCCUCCCCGCCUGCGGCCUGCCUAUAUAUCCGCGGCCACCGCUCGCCCUUCCUCUUCCACACCACCAUUGCAGUCGCCGUCGCCAUGAGGUUGUCGCCGCCGUCACCGCCCGCGGCGUCGGCGUGGCUGGUGCCCGUCGUCCUCGCCGUGCUGGCGGCGUGCCACCAGGCUGCGGCGCCGACGCUGUCGACGGCGUCGCGGUGGGUGGUGGACGCGAGCGGGAGCCGGGUGAAGCUGGCGUGCGUGAACUGGCCGUCGCACCUGGAGCCGAUGCUGGCGGAGGGCCUGGGCCAGCGGCCCGUGGGCGCCAUCGCGGCGGACGUGGCCGCCAUGGGGUUCAACUGCGUCCGGCUCACGUGGCCCACGUUCUUGGUCACCAACGCUUCCUACGGCAACCUCACCGUCGCGCAGUCCUUCCAGCGGCUCAACCUCACCGAGUCACUCGCCGGCGUCAGGGCCAACAACCCCGGCGUCGCCGACCUCAAGCUCAUCGACGCGCUCAAGGCCGUGGUGAACAGCCUGGGCGAGCACGGCGUGAUGGUGAUCCUGGACAACCACCUGAGCAAGCCGGGGUGGUGCUGCAGCAACACCGACGGCAACGGCUUCUUCGGCGACGCUUUCUUCGACCCGGACGUCUGGGUCGACGGCCUCACCAGGAUGGCCACCACGUUCGCCGCCGCGCCCAACGUCGUGGGCAUGAGCCUCCGGAACGAGCUCAGGGGACCCAGGCAGAACGCCAACGACUGGUACAAGUACAUGCAGCGCGGCGCGGAGGCGGUGCACGCGGCGAACCCGCGCGUGCUGGUCAUCCUCUCGGGCCUCAGCUUCGACAACGACCUGGCCUUCCUCAGCUCGCGGCCGGUGAACCUGAGCUUCGCCGGCAAGGCGGCGUUCGAGGUGCACUGGUACAGCUUCUCCAACAGCCAGGAGUGGAGCUCCGGGAACGCCAACCAGGCUUGCGCGCGCGUGUCGGCCGGCGUCACCCGCCGCGCGCUCUACCUGCUCGACCGGGGCUGGCCCGUCAUCCUCAGCGAGUUCGGCGUCGACAACCGCGGCGCCAACGCCAACGACAACCGCUACUACGGCUGCGCCGCCGCCGUCGUCGCCGACCUCGACCUGGACUGGGCGCUCUGGGCGCUGCAGGGGAGCUACUACCUCCGGGAGGGCGUCCGGGACCACGACGAGGCCUACGGCGUGCUCGACGGGUCCUGGAGCAAGCCCCGCAACGCCACCGCGCUGCGCCGGGUCCAGGCCCUGCAGCGCCCGCUCAGGGGCCCCGGCCUCGCCGAGGCGCCGCCGUACACGGCGCUCUUCCACCCGGUGACCGGGAUGUGCGCGGUGGUGCGCCGCCGGUCGCCGGCGGCGCAGACGCUGGAGCUGGGCCCCUGCGACGAGACGGAGGCGUGGGAGUACAGCGCCCAGGACCAGAGCCUGGCGCUGCGGGACAGCUCCCAGCUGUGCCUCCGCGCCGAGGGCGCCGGCAGGCCCGCGAGCCUCGGCGCGAGCUGCGGCGACGCCAUGGCGCGGUGGCGCCUCGUGUCAGACUCCAAGCUGCACGUCGCCGUCAACGCGACGGCGGCGGCGUCGUCCUCGGCCUCUGCCGCGGGCGGCGGCGCGCUCUGCCUGGACGUGGGCGCCGACGGCCGGAGCGUGGUCACCAACCCGUGCCGGUGCCUGAGCGCCGACAACAGCUGCGACCCGGAGAGCCAGUGGUUCAAGCUGGUGAACAGCACGAGGAGCGUGGCCGCCAACCCCAACUUGCUCGCGCAGCUGCCGCUCAAGCUCAAGAACUGGAAGAUCAGGUCGUUUUGAUCAUCGAUCGAUCGAUCGUUGGCUUCCAUCAUCCUACCGAGAGAAAUGUAGCGCGUACGUGCUAGGACGACGAGAACAGAGAAACGCUGCCCUUUGAACCAUAGAGCGGUGUUCUUGAGGCAACUUAUCAGCAUGAGCAAAUAAUCUCUCACAGGAUUCA